GUAGAAAAAACAGAAUACAAAAAGAAAAUAUGUUCUUGAGUAGAUUUCCAAAAGAUAAGGAGGAAUGAAGGGGGCGGGAGAGAGAGGGUGAAGAAUGUAAUGCAAAAAUAAACAGUGGAAACAGCAGGGGUGGGGGAGUCCACAGAAGAAAAGGAGAUAGGGAUACUGUGGGAGAGAAGAAUUAGAGCUCCACAGAACACUUGGUCAUAGAAGGAAGUAUUUACAGAUACUUUAAGGGACCAGAGUUGAAACCAACAGCAAUUUUUUGUCUCUGUCUUCUUUGUCAGAAAUGAGUGGGAGGCCAGAAGUAUUUGAGUUUGAAGGCAUCAGCUUGACUCACUUUUUCACAGAUAACUGGGAGAAUGUGAAAAACUUUAAAGCUAGACCAGAUGACAUACUGAUAGCCACCUACCCCAAAGCAGGCACAACAUGGCUGUCAGAAAUAGUAGACCAGCUGUAUUUUGGAGGGAUAGAGGGGCGUACUAUUCCCCUUUAUGAACGAGUACCCUUCCUGGAGCUCUGUGGUGCAGGAUUUCGGCCAGGAACAGAGGCUGCGGACAAUCUCCCUUCUUCUCCUCGUCUCAUUAAAACUCACCUGCCUGUACAGCUGGUCCCAAAAUCAUUCUGGGAGCAAAACUGCAGGGUGCUAUAUGUGGCCCGCAACCCUAAGGACACCAUUGUGAGCUUCUAUCACUUUGACAGGAUGAACCAGAUCCAGCCAGAGGCAGGACCCUGGGAUGACUACAUCCAUAAAUUCAACUCUGGGAAAUUGGUGUUUGGUUCCUGGUACGACCAUGUCCAGGGGUGGUGGGACCGAGGAGAGAGUUAUCCCAGGAUGCUCUAUCUUUUCUAUGAAGACAUGAAAGUGGACCUCAUGGGUGAGAUCUCUCGUAUAUGCUCCUUUCUUGGUCUAUCACCAUCAGAGAAAGAGCUACAAAGAGUGACAGGGUUAACAAAGUUUGAGGUGAUGAAGGAAAACAGUAUGGCUGACUACUCCUCCAUUGGUGUGCUGGACCAAUCUAUCUCUCCCUUCAUGAGAAAAGGGACAGUUGGUGAUUGGAAGAAUCACUUCACAGUUGCUCAGAAUCAGGCCUUUGAUGAAGAAUACAAGAAAAGGAUGGGGAAGAGCACUCUGACUUUCAGAAUGGAGAUCUAGGAAAGGAGACACUGACUGCGCUUUACCCCCCCACACACAUUGCCACUGCACUGAUCCUGAGCUGAGAAUGCAUAUAAAAAUGUACAGCAGUUAAUUAAAUAAACAUGCAGCUCCUUUAUGGACUGUUUAACUAACAUUCAGGCAGAGACAUAGCUCAAGGCUUAGUGGAUAUGUGUUGAACAUUUUGUUGUUCAGUUGUUCAGUUAAGAUAUUACUAAGCAGUGGAAUAUUCCUUUGUGCCACUCAGAAUAUAGUUCCCUGACUCCUUAUGUGACAAAUGUAAUCCCACACAGUACAUUCAUUGUGUCACAGCAUCAGGGUCCUCACUAAAACCAAGUGAAUUUUAUUUUUAUAAGGUUGUACAUUAUUCUUAUUCUCGUACAUGGGAAAUACCAGAUUUUCCGGCAGCCAGAUACAUAGAAUAAGGUAUCUUUGCCAGAUAGAUAAAGGUUACCAUGUUCCGGUCUACUACAUCAUUAAAAAUGCAUUGCCAGGAUGACCUUUCUUAGCUUUUUCAAGCACACUGUCUUAAUUUCUUCUCUUUUCUGCCUUUCCCGCCAUACCCAGAGUCAUGUAUCACUGACAGGACAAUAACCCAUCAGACACCUCACGCAACAUAUAAACCAUGCUUUACAUUAACAGAACAAGAAAAACUAGCUGCAUGCAAGCUGUUUAUUGGACAGUUAAAUAUUUGACCUCCAAUUUAUCAUUACGAAUAGAUAAGAAUCUAAUAAUAACAGAUACAGGGAUGAUGAAUUUAUCACAUUAGCUAUGCACAACGUUAAUACAAGUGACAUCGAUAUUUCAUGGCAACCAGCUCUUCAGUUAAAAUAACUGGCUCACAGAAAUUGAUGGCUAGUUUAAAAAAUUUCAAAACACUUUUA